CGCGUGGUUCUCGGCUAGCUCUGUUCGUGCAUAUAAAUGCCUAGGCCCUCAUUUGUAUCGACACUCUUGAAUCACGACUCCUUAAUUACACUACCUACUUUCGUGACAAGCAAAUCGAUUCUUCCACGUCUGCUUCCUGUCGCCAUUGUAUAUUCCAGAGUUCCUAUCUUCCCAUAAUGCGCCUGUCUAAUACGACAGUCACCGCUAUCCUCGCCGGCUUCGGCGCCGCGGUUGCCUUUCUCUAUAGUCACUUCCAACAGUACCGAUCGUUCUAUGACGACGGCACGCGUUUCGCCUGGGUUCGCGUUUUAGCCAAUUUCCAUGCGGUUGCGGAGGCCGCGCUCCUAGCAGCGUCUGUGACGGUCGUCAUAACUAUAACGGCUGACUGGCUACUCUUACCGGUCCGGUAUCUCAGUCUGUUCGCCUCGCGAUGGAAUCGACCACCGUCUGAAUCAGCAACCGCGGAGCGAGAGGAGGUCGUGCUGGGCGUGAGGGAGAGACAGCAGCGGCGACUGGACGAAGAGGCGAAGGCUGCUGCUGAGGAGCGAGUGCGCUUGCAGGCACAGCAGCGGGAGGAGGCGCGGAGAGCAGCGGUGGCAGCAAUCGAGGCAAGCCGAGGCCACUCGCUGCGAUCCACAGGGCCCAGUGGGAAGAACCAGGACCAGCAAUCCGAAGGCCAGCAGCUCAAAGACCCGAGCAGGGAGGGCGGAAGUGGCGAAGGAGGGAGCAGCAGAAGUGGGAAUAGCACGGAUGGGGUUAGUGCAGACCGCGCCAAGGGGGACAGCGCAAAGGGGGACAGCGCCAAGGGGGACAGCGCAAAGGGGGACAGCGCCAAGGGGGACAGCGCAAAGGGGGACAGCGCAAAGGGGGACAGCGCAAAGGGGGACAGCGCAGGUGCAUCUGCGGUUGCUGGGCUUGUGAGGCGACAAAGGGGAGGAGGGAGAGGACAAGAGGGAGGGAGAGUGGGAGAGGCAGGAGAGGUAGAGGCAGAAGGGGAAGGAGGGGAGGAGAGUGGGAUGAGCGACGUUGUGAGAGGGGGGCGAGUGCAUGUGGAGGCGGGAGGGUGGAGGUCAGGUGCAUCGCUGGAGGCCGAGAAAGAGAGAAAGCGGCAGGACGCAGCCUAUGCAGCCUCUUUGCGAAGGGACAGAGAGGUUGAGGAAAGGAGGAGAAGGGAGGAGGAGGAGAGAAGGAAGGAGGAGGAGGAGCAGGAGAGGCGAACAGACGAGAGAAGAAGAGAGGAGGAGCAACGACGAAAGGGCGAGGAGGAGAAAAGGAGAGCAGAAGAGGAGCGAACACGGAUAGUAGAGGAACGCAGGGAGCACUACAGACGAAUGCUGCCGCCCGAGCCAGGAGCUGACGUGGCGAGUGAGGAGAGGGUGGUGGUGGCAGUGCGGCUGCCAGAUGGAGCCGUGUGCAAGCGGGGGUGGCGGGGAAGUGACACGAUCGGAGACGUUUACAACUGGCUCCACACACUCCCUUACACGGACCUCCUCCCCGUCCCCCUCUCUCGCGCCAUCCUUGCCACCCCUUUCCCUCGUCGCCUUCUGCCCCUCGCCUCCUCCUCUUCUCUCUCCCUUGCUGAUGCCGAGCUGUGUCCGAGGGCAGUGCUGGUGGUGGAAGAGAUGGGUUUAGAAGAGGAGGAAGGGGUGUAGGGUGGUUGAGUGCAGAUAGGACCCCUUGCCUCCUCCUCUUCUCUCUCCCUUGCUGAUGCCGAGCUGUGUCCGAGGGCAGUGCUGGUGGUGGAAGAGAUGGGUUUAGAAGAGGAGGAAGGGGUGUAGGGUGGUUGAGUGCAGAUAGGACCCCUCGCCUCCUACUCUUCUCUCUCCCUUGCUGAUGCCGAGCUGUGCCCAAGGGCAGUGCUGGUGGUGGAAGAGAUGGGUUUAGAAGAGGAGGAAGGGGUGUAGGGUGGUUGAGUCCAGAUAGGACCCGUUGCCUCCUCAUCUUCUCUCUCCCUUGCUGAUGCUCAGCUCUUCUCUUGAGGAAUGCUGGUGGUGGAAGCGGUGGGCUCAAGAGAGGUGGGGUGAAAAAAAUGGGGCGACGAGGAAGGGGCACAACGGAGACGGUUUUGAAAGGGAUGGAAGAGGCAAGGAGUCCGGGGGUGAGUGGAGAUGAAAGCCCCCUCCCCCCCCUCCCUUCCUCCGCCUAUCCCCCUCCUCUUCAAGCUCACCUCUGCCCUCGAGGCGUGCUAGUGGAGGUCAAGUGGACAGCGGAGGGCGAGGCAAAGGUGCUGGACUAGAGUGCUGGACUCCUGCUUGAAACCCAAUGGCAAAAUAGUAGAGGGGGGUCCCUCUUGAUAGUUGAGUGGGUGCAAAAAAACUAAGUCCCGAAACAUGGCGAAAAAACGAAACGUCCCAGUGCCCCGAACUGUCGGGAAACAGAAGAGGAUUUCACAAAUCCUAUUGGUUGCCCGAGAGAAGUAGCCAAUGCAGGCUCGAGGCGAAAUUUUUUGACAGCAUGGCGCGUCGUGCAGCCCCCCUGUGACAUGUGUUGCAGGCCACAUGGGCCUUGGCUUUUUCUGCAGGGGGGUGUCAAAUGUAACUUAGGUCGUUACUGUAGACUAUACUGGAUUGUGCCUUAGAGGGUACAACACUUGUACUCACACAUUCUAG